AUGGAUUUUUUCAUGCAUUUUCAAGAAUGGGGUUUAUUUUUUAGUGGUUCAGGUUGGAAAUUGUUUCGUUCGGAACUAGUGAAGAUUCAAACAACAAGUCCAGAUAAUGUGUCUGCAUUACCACAAUUCAAUACAAUUAAGAAUUCUUUAUAUCGGACAAGAAAUGAAAAAUAUCCACCAUUACCGAAAUCCAUUGACGAUGUAAAACUCGAGGUAAUCGAUAAUAGUAGUCCGCGUUAUUUAUGUUUUGGAACGACCGAUGCAUUAAAAUUAUUAUGUGAUCCUGAACAUAUAUUUAUGGAUGGUACAUUCAAAUCUUGUCCAUCACCAUUUGCGCAGAUAAAAACAAAAACUCGUGCGUAUCCUUAUUCAACGAGGUUAGAAAUGUAA